GGAGACACCGCAAAUUGCCUUCGCCUGCAAAAAUGACAUAACGAGCCGCGCUGCCCGCCCGUGAUAGAUUUCCACUCACAGUUGCGCUUCUAUCCUUCCGAAGUAAACAUUGCUGCGUGCGCCACAUUUCGUUACACGUCUUCAGCUCCUCUCAAGUGCAUCCGGAUCGUGCUCUCAACUCUGCAAUCAUUGAACACAAUAUUGCAAAGAACGAUGGGUGGCGAAAAGACGUUUCUACGAAGUUCACAAGGUUACGGGCAACCCGAUAAAAUUAAUGAGCUUUGACUUAGGCUGUGAAAUAUUAUUUCAAUAGAAAAGAUUAGUAAAUUAAUUAAAAUAUGGAUCCUUAUUGUUUAAGUGUCGAGCGUGAAGCUUCAAAAAACAUUGAAGAAAAUGAACGGGAAUGCUUCAAAGAUGCAAUCGUGUCAAGUCGGAGUCUCAACAAAGGUUACGUUGAGUCUACGCCACUCAGAACUGCUUUCCCAGAAAUUGCUGCUUGUAUCAUCGCCGCGUCGUUUCACGUUGGCAUUGGUAUUAGCAUGGCUUAUUCGGCUAUUCUCGUUCCUGCUCUUGAAGCACCUGAUUCUGACAUCAAAGCGAACACAUCUCAAACCUCUUGGAUGGCAAGCAUUGUGGUGAUCUCAACGCCGGUUGGAGCGGUAAUGGGUAGCUUCCUAAUGGAAGCGUUUGGUCGUUUGCGAACACUGCAGUUCGGUGCUGUACCUUAUGCACUUGGAUGGGUAUUAAUAGCUAUGUCGAACUCCGUCACAAUGAUUUUAGUGGGUCGAAUCUUGUCCGGUUUCGCGACAGCCCUUGCAGCUUCUCCGGCGGUUGUAUAUAUCACCGAAGUAGCGCGACCUGAGCUACGCGGCUCCCUAAUAUCAUUGGGACCAACACUGGCAUCUUUCGGCAUUUUGUUAGUGUACCUAAUGGGCUGGCUCCUCCAUUGGCGUAACGUGGCUUGGAUCUCAAUAGCAUUUGGCGUGCUGCCGGUGUUUCUCGUGCAGUUCGUCGUGCCGGAGUCUCCCGUCUGGCUGGUGUCCAAAGCUCGAUUGGAUCAGGCUCGCGCUUCCGUCAAUUGGCUCUAUAAGUCUCAACCCGUAGCUGGCAAGGUGUCUCCAGCCGAGGCAGCGUUUACGACUAUAUGCAAGGAAAACGAAAUUAGAUUGAGUGAACAACGACGCAGUCACAGAAAGGGUCCAGCCGGCAAGCUGCGAGCUUUCCUAAAGCCAACCGGCUGGAAACCUAUGCUCAUACUCUUCCUCCUCUUCACCUUUCAACAGUUCAGCGGCAUCUAUAUUACGCUCUUUUAUGCCGUCACAUGGUUCACGGAAAUCGAUGCCAGCUUUAAUCCUUAUUUGGCUUCGGUUUUCGUCGGUCUUACUCGCUUCCUCUGCUCGAUGGUUAAUACUUGGCUUCUACGACGCUUUAAACGCCGAGUGCUUUGCAUCUGCUCUUCCAUUGGUAUGGCUGCAUGCAUGGGCGUCUCAGGUUACUUCACCAUGAGAAUCCUGCAGUACAAUGAUCGUAGCGCAACUUGGGUACCAGUGGUUUGUUUACUACUGUACGUGUGUGCCUCGAUGGUGGGUCUGCUCACGAUACCUUGGACAAUGACAGCCGAGCUUUUUCCAACGGAAAUACGCGAGUUGGCGCACGCCAUUAGCUAUUCCAUCGCAAACAUUCUCAUGUUUGCGGCAGUUCAAAACUACAGGCAAUUAGUCUGGCUGGUUGGUGGUUCGCACGCGAUUCAAUGGUUUUUCGCUGGAGUUUCAAUAGGAGCCGCUGGUUAUGUUUGGCUAUUAUUGCCUGAAACUCACGACAAAAAGCUUUCUGAAAUCGAGGAUUACUUCCAUAAUAAUCUGUUAGCAUGUGGAGCCGAUGAAAGGGUCAAAAAAAUCAAACAGCGAAAAGCACAAGCAGCUCUUCUACAACCACCUACUAAGUUCAAAACCGCUCAAAUUACUUGAAACUUAUUUUCCAUUUCAUCAACAAUAUCAAACACUGAUGCUGAUCUUCUUAUUUUGCCAUUUUUAUUGCCAUUUUGUCAUUAUUGUCUAAACACUUGUAGGAAAAUCCUAAUAGUUUCAGUAGAAUCUUUUAGCUUCCGUACAUAUCCAGCUGGAGCAAUGUAUAGGUACACCUUGUUAACUACUUAUUUUGUACUAUACUGUCCCGGCGCUUGUAAUUUGAUUAAUUAUUAGACAACUUGCGCGAUGAUAUUCAGUAAAAGUUUUUAAAAUAUUGAAAAUGAUACUUACUAUUAAUCAAGAAUUUUGAUUACGCUCAGAGAUAUGUAGACAAUUUAACGAAUUAUUGAUAGUCGAAUUUUUCUGAAUUUCUAACAAUUUUCGGUCUUCUAAAGAGAAUGCUAAUGUUUAGUUAAUAGAUGGUAGAAUAUUAUGUUGAUUUACAAUAGUAUUAUUCAUACUAACGUAUAAUGCGUCAUUUCUAAUAUUUUAAAAAUUCAUACUAGUUACGUAUCAUAAGUGUAAUUUGUAAAAUCAGUUGUUACUUAAAAAUAGUAAAUUUAGGUAGCCAGUUACUUAUAGCGCUAAUGUGAUUACAUUAAUUUUUAUCAGCUCAUAUGCUUUUUGAAAAAAAAUGACGUUUUAGAUCAGUAGAAGAUAGUAAAAUAGAGAAAGCGUCUUGUCUUUGAAGAGUUUGUUUUUUUUUUCAACAAGAAUAUUGUCAUGCCAAACGUUGGAACAUGAGAAUUCUCAUUGUUCUAUACGAUUUGAUUGUUCCUGAUAAUGUAUAUCGCUUAAAACUUCUUUUAUACAUGAUAACGUGAUUCUCAAAUAUGAUGAUAUUUUUCUAUAUUUUAUUAAGUCUCCUUUAGUUGUUUCCGAAGAUAUACAUAUGAAAUAAAUAUUUCUGUAAUCGAUCGGGAUACGUAGAUUUUUACAAUAAAAUUUUUUACCAAUUUCGUUUUUUGCAACUUAUAUUGAGUUAUAAGAUCUUUUAAGAAAUAUGUGAAAUUAAAUAUAAUUAUAUAAUACAAGUAGUUUGUAUUAUUACCUUUUUAUAUAUAUUUAUAUCAUUCAAAUCACUCAAUUUUCAAGGUCAUAUAGUUAACU